GGACCUAAUGUGAUGAUGGGGCACACUUUGCUGGGAUUAUUCUUGCUCACAACACUGUUCUCUGGAAAUGCAGAAGAACUCAACGUGAAGGCCACUCUAAGAGCAGACAGAACAACCAUACCAGCAGGGGGCAGUGUGACACUGACCUGUGAUCUGAAGGACCUUACUGACUUAGUUUAUCAGUGGUUCAGAGAAACCUCAUCUGGAAACAAGUCCACAAUAGAGGAUCAGUUUGCUAGAGGGAUCAGUAUCUCUAAAGGAGGCAUCUACACCUGUAGAGGAUGGAAAAAAAACACAGAUUUAAUCACAACAGAAAGUGAUCCCGUCACUAUUCAUGAAACUGCAAGUAAACCCAGAGUCACACUGACAGCACACAGUUCAAUCCUACCAGCAGGGGGCAGUGUGACACUGAGCUGCUCUGUGGAGGGCUCUGCUGGCUGGAAGUUUGACUGGUUCAGACGUGAUUCACAGUUUUCUGGAGCUCAGAAAAUAGGAGCUGGAACAUCAGAGCACACUAUCAGUAUUUCAGAAGGAGGCAUCUAUUACUGCAGAGGAGGGAGAGGAGAUCCAGUUUUCUCCACAGAGGACAGUGCUCCAGUUACAAUUCAGAAACAAGUUUUGGCUGCUGUGAAACUGCAGCACAGCUGGUCUCAGAUAUUCACUGGUGAGACAGUCACUCUCAGAUGUGAGAUUCAGGGAGGUGAAGGAAAGGUGUGGAAAUAUGAAUGGACAGCACCCAACACAAACAGCCCUCCAACAUCCAGUGAAUACAGGAUCAGCAGAGUUUCAGUGUCCCACAGUGGAGACUACAGAUGUCGGGGUAGCAGUGACUAUCUCUUAACAGGAUGGAGUGAUGCCUUCACACUGACAGUUUCAUCAGGUAAACCCAGAGCCACACUGACAGCACAAAGUUCAAUCCUACCAGCAGGGGGCAGUGUGACACUGAGCUGCUCUGUGGAGGGCUCUGCUGGCUGGAAGUUUGACUGGUUCAGACGUGAUUCACAGUUUUCUGGAGCUCAGAAAAUAGGAGCUGGAACAUCAGAGCACACUAUCAGUAUUUCAGAAGGAGGCAUCUAUUACUGCAGAGGAGGGAGAGGAGAUCCAGUUUUCUCCACAGAGGACAGUGCUCCAGUUACAAUUCAGAAACAAGUUUUGGCUGCUGUGAAACUGCAGCACAGCUGGUCUCAGAUAUUCACUGGUGAGACAAUCACUCUCAGAUGUGAGAUUCAGGGAGGUGAAGGAAAGGUGUGGAAAUAUGAAUGGACAGCACCCAACACAAACAGCCCUCCAACAUCCAGUGAAUACAGGAUCAGCAGAGUUUCAGUGUCCCACAGUGGAGACUACAGAUGUCGGGGUAGCAGUGACUAUCUCUUAACAGGAUGGAGUGAUGCCUUCAGACUGACAGUUUCAUCAGCAAGUAAACCCAGAGCCACACUGACAGCACACAGUUCAGUCAUACCAGCAGGGGGCAGUGUGACACUGAGCUGCUCUGUGGAGGGCUCUGCUGGCUGGAAGUUUGACUGGUUCAGACGUGAUUCAGUCUCUUCUAAAGCUCAGCUCAUGAGAGGAAAUGAAGCAAACAGAGUUAUUAGUGUCUCACAAGGAGGUCUGUACCACUGCAGAGGAGGGAGAGGAGAUCCAGUUUACUACACAGAGGACAGCGCUCCAGUUACAAUUCACAAACAAUAUAAACCCCGUCCUGUCCUCACUGUGUCUCCAUCAUGGCUGAGUCCUGGAGCCUCAGUAACUCUGAACUGUGAGGUUGAACAUCCGUCUGCAGGAUGGAGCUUCUACUGGUAUAAAGCUGUUCCUGAUCUAUCAGAGAAAUCCUCCAGUUAUGAGCUGCUACCUGAUGGCAGUGGGACUGCACAGGACUCCUACAUCAUUCAUGGACAGACACACACAGCAGGAUAUGUGUGCAGAGCUGGAAGAGGAGACCCAGAGUAUCACACUGAUCACAGUCAACCAAAGUUUCUCUGGUCUGCAGAUGUUCAUUCAGCAGCGUCUCUCACAGUGAGUCCUGACAGAGUGCAACACUUCACCUCUGACUCUGUCUCACUGACCUGUGAGGAAACUUCACUGAGUGGAGAGUGA